AAAACUUAUUUAUUUAAACAACAAUCGGCAAACGUUAUAACAACAUUUCCUUGUUGAAGUUAUAAACAUUGAAUAUUUCAAGUGAAAAUCAUCAACUCGCAACCAAUUAUAACUAAAAUGGAUCGUACGAGAGGCAAUAGUGUUACUUCAAUCAAGUCAGGGAUCGCAAACGUUGCUCGAUUUCGUUGGUUUAUAUUUAUUCUUACAAAUGUCGCCAUCUUCACCAAUUUCUCUGUUCUCGGAAGUUUUAGUUUAACAAUAGUGGCUAUGAUUGGUAAGAACAAUGAACACACAACAUCAAUCGACGCAAUCAACUCAACAGUCAACGUUACAAUUACACCUUUAAAAUCUGGAAGUGUCCAUGUUGAUUGGUCGAAUGUAGAUAAAUCUCGAAUGCUUUCAGCCUCUUUUUGGGGGAGUCUGGCCAUGGCUGCAUUCGGUGGUCGAAUUUGUGAAUUAUUUGGUCCAAGAAAAGUCGUAUCACUAUCGCUUUUGGUAAAUGGCUUGACGACCCUUUUAUUCCCAGUUAUAUCAAUCCACAGUUUUAUUGGAGCUUACAUUAUUAGGAUAAUCAGCGGAAUCUGUACUGGAAUUGUUUUACCCUCAUCUAAUGUCAUUGUAUCUAGAUGGGCCAUAACUUCGGAGCGAACACUUGCAAAUGCUGUUGUAACGUCUGGUGGUACACUAGCUAAUCUUAUAUCACUGCCUCUUGCUGGUAUUUUGGUUGAUUCCAGUUUCCUCGGUGGUUGGCCGUCAGUGUUUUACCUCUUUGGUGGACUUAAUUUGAUUGUAGCCAUCAUCUGGUUUAUUGUUGUUUAUGAUACUCCUGAAGUUCAUCCAUAUUUAGGUUCUGAAGAGUUGGAAGUGAUAUUGAAAAGUCGAUCAGUCAGUUCAGGAGGUUCAGUCGCAGUUCCAUGGGGCAAAAUGUUUACUUCAAUUCCCAUAAUUGCUUAUUUAAUCCCUUCAUUCACUUAUGGUUGGGUGAUUGCCGUUGUAUCUGCUCAAUUGCCAUCAUUUUAUGAAGACAUCCUCCACUUUUCACACACUGGAAAUGGAUUUGUAACGAGUCUUCCUUGGUUGGUUGGUAUCGGAGCUCAACUGAUUGGAAGUGCAGUUACAGACAGAAUAAGGAAAAACAGCAAUUUUUCAUUAGCAUCUAUUCGUAAAAUUGUCACUGUCAUAUCACUUGGUAGUUGUUCAAUCGGUUUAGUAGCCAUAACAUUGUUAGGAAAACGAAGGAUUGCCGUCGUGUUAACCUUAGCCAUUGCUAAAGGAUUUGGUACUCUAUCUGUCGCUGGAAGUGGAGUUAACCAUUUAGAUAUCGCACCUUCAUUCGCUGGUACAUUAUCUGGUUUUAGUGGCGGAAUGUUAAGCAUAGCUUCAUUGAUUGCUAAUGAAGCAGCCGCUCAUAUUGUUGGUAAAAAUUCAUCUCAACAAAACUGGUAUCAAUACUUUUACAUAUCAGCUGCAGUCAAUAUAGCCGGUGUGAUAUUGUUUUGUCUUAUGGGCUCUGGAGAGGUACAAAGUUGGGAUCCAGCGUCAUCGACCAACAGACAAAAUGUAAAAUCGGAAACUCAAAAUGACAGAGCAAAGACUCGAAGUAAUGAUGUAGAGCUUUCAACAGUCGAUUGUUAAAUCUUAAUUUAUUUAUUGCUUCAACGGAGAGACAUUUGUAAGCUAUCGGCUUUUCCUACAUGAUUUUUGUGUUUCAUGCAAAUGUGAACGAAAAUAAAUGAUUGCUGAUAAUCAACGUUCAAAUUCAAUAUA